AUGAUCGUGUGUACGCACUCUAAAGAAGCCCAGGAAGUCCUUGAAAGAAUGGAAAGAGGACAUCAUCCAGGAUUCCGCUCCAGCUCACAAGGCCAGGUCAACAGUCAGCAAUUACUGCUAAAAAACGUUCCAGAGUUCAUCUCUGCCUGGGAUUGGCCCUCAGGAAGCCCUGAUCUCAACCCACUAGAUUAUCGCUUUGGUCCGAACUGGAGAGGAUGGCAUGCCACAGAGCACAACCUAACUUACAAAGCCUCAAACAAUCUCUGGUCCGAGCAGUUGAGCGCUUUCCUCAAGAAGUGCUGGGUGCUGCUAUUGAUGACUGGCCACGGAGAUUAAAUGCCUGUGUCAAGGCAAAAGGGGGACAUUUUGAGUAAUUUAUUUUUUGUUUUACUCUCUAUAGAUAUGCAUUUUGUGUUCUUAUGAUCUUUUUGAAAAAAAUAAUUUUUCUGAUGAAAUCUGUUAUAUUGCCUUACAACAAUAUUUA